AGCUGCCUCCCCCUCGAGCCCCCUCGCUUCCCGACGCUCCGUCCCCCCUGCCCGCCUUUUCCCGCAGCCGCCUUCCGCAGGCCGUUUCCACCGAGGAAAAGGAAUCGUAUCGUAUGUCUGCUAUCCAGAACCUCCACUCUUUCGACCCCUUUGCUGAUGCAAGUAAGGGUGAUGACCUGCUUCCUGCCGGCACUGAGGAUUAUAUUCAUAUAAGAAUUCAACAGAGGAACGGCAGGAAGACCCUGACUACUGUCCAAGGGAUCGCUGAUGAUUACGAUAAAAAGAAACUAGUGAAGGCGUUCAAGAAGAAAUUUGCCUGCAAUGGUACUGUAAUUGAACAUCGAGAAUAUGGAGAAGUGAUUCAGCUACAGGGUGACCAGCGCAAGAACAUAUGCCAGUUCCUAACAGAGACUGGACUGGCUAAGGACGAUCAGCUGAAGGUUCGUGGCUUUUAAGUGCU